UCCAUGCCCUACACCAAUGCUGUCAUCCAUGAGGUGCUGAGACUAGGCAACAUCAUCCCCUUGAAUGUUCCCAGGGAAGUGUCAGUUGACACCAAGUUGGGUGGAUUUAACUUGCCAAAGGGCAUCAUGAUUCUAUCCAACCUAACUGCACUGCACAGGGACCCUAAAGAGUGGACCACACCAGAUACCUUCAAUCCAGAGCACUUUUUGGAAAACGGACAGUUUAAGAAGAGGGAAUCCUUUCUGCCAUUCUCAACGGGUGAGUUGUGACAUCCAAAAGAGAAUUCAAAACUC